AUGAUCGACUUUCUCUAUUUGACAGACACUAUUGAUCCGAAUUUGGCAGAACAAGAAGUGGAGAAUCUUUCAGGUCUGUCCGCUAAUCCUGAGAAAAACAUAUUUGCCAUAAGAGAAAAUGGGACCACUUGUCUCAUGGCUGAAUUCUCAGCUAAGAUAGCUGUUCCCUAUGAAGUUCCUUCCAGUAAUGAAGUGGAUUGGGAUCUGGAGGAAGCUACCAUCCAGUUGCCCAGAGAUACUGAGAUUAAAGGGAAAUGCUGGAAUAAUGAGUCUGAACUGCAUUUGUCAUGGUUAGACAAAUCUUACACGCUGAAGUUGUUCUUUGUCAAGGAUGGUCAGGACUUCGCAAGGUCCACUGGAAGGAGCUGGAAAAUGAGCAAAGUUCAGUUUUUUUAUGAUCCCUCAGAACGCACAAAUUUCAAAACUGGAGCAAGACUUGGAAAGCAUACGGCUACUAGUCACCACCUGUCUCUAAUGGCCACCCCAGUUGGGAUGUCCUACGAAUGUGAGGCUUCAGAGAAGAUCAGCCUGGUCUCCAGCGACCAGAAGAAGACGGUGGUCUUGUACCUGUCUGAGGUCCACAUGCAGCCAUUUGACAUUAAGAGUGACUUUGUCUUCAGCGAAGAAUACAGAUGUCUGACCGAUCAGAGGAAACAGCUGGAAGAAACCUUGCCUCUUAUUUUAGGCAUAAUCCUGGGACUGGCCAUUGUCAUCAUCCUCGCCGUCUACCACAUUCAUCACAAGAUGACAGCCAAUCAAGUGCAAAUUCCUCGGGACAGAUCGCUCUACAAGCACAUGGGAUAA